AUGUCCAUAGAUCUGGCUUCAUUACAAAAAGAUCUGGAAACAUCCAAACAGGAGUCUAAUACGCUUCGCGAAGAACUCAACACUGCACACAAUGAAAAUACGACGUUGGCUAACGAAAACAAUUAUUUCCGGAAGAAAAUUACCACACUUCAACAGCAAUUAGAUGACCAGCAUAAAGAUUACUCACGUCUUGAAUCCGAACUCUAUCAGCAGAAUCAGGAAGUAGAAAGAUUGAAGAAAGAGAACGUUGGAUUUUUGAAGAAUAAACGAGAGACUGAGAAAAAGUUGAGAGAGGAGGCAAUAGCAUUCGAGAAAGAUCGACUAGUUUGGCAGGAACGCGAAACGGACCGGCAAGAACGCGAAACAGAACUCCAAGAACAAGUGAAAGCGCUUCAGGCUACUGUCGGUGUUCUUGCUCAACAAAGUGAACAAUUCCAUAAGAAGGUUGGUCAAGAUGCUAAUGGUGAUGCUAUCAACCCUUCUAUACCUUCGACUGCAACGGAACUUGCCCAGUUUAAUGCAAAUCGCGAUGCCAAGAAGGCGUUAGCAACUAUUAAAGAGCGAGAUCAACUCAUCAAACAACUAAGAGAUGACGUUCUCCACGCUAAUCAAGAAGUGACAAAGAAAACCUCUGAAAACGAAAAAAAUCAGGCAGACAUCGAACAGAUGAAAAAUGAACUUGAACAAGUUAAAAACGUUAACCUAUCACUCAUGGAGGAGAAUGAAGUAUUCCAGAGUCUGUUGCAUGAAAAGACUAUCAAAGGGGAAUUCAUGCUCAACCCAAUCAUGCAGUAUAACGAUCAUGAUACAAGAAGCGAAAACGAAGAACCGGCCGCCAAUGGAAUCAAAGCUAACAACGACCUUGCCGCAGAGCUACAUCGCGCUUCUGGUGGAAAUGGAUCGUUUGGUGAGGAUGUGCAGAAAGAGAGUGACCGCAGUGUUCAUAUAGAGAAACUUGAAAGCAAAAACGCAGAACUUGAAGACAAAAUUGCAAAAGCCGAAAAGUCCUACAAGGCAUUGAAACUCUAUAUCGACAAGAUCCUCAUCCGCAUAGUGGAAACACCUGGUUACGAACACAUUCUCUCUAAUGACGCCACACCAUCUAAUCCAGCCAGUCCGACAACAACUACGUUCGGCCAUUCGCGAACAUUCUCGUCCGGACCCGCGUUGGCAACUGCUGCCCCGGAAAACAAGAAACUCGAACGUCGCAAAACUUUAAGCGGCGCACUUACAUCCAGUGAAAUUCCAUUCAAGAUCAAGACGGGUGUUCACAAGGCUAAUAUGGAUGAACAGGGUGAUCAAUUAUCUCCCUUACCCAGUUCGCCUACAACUAGAGUUGCCAAUUAUAGUGAAGACGGCGGCUUUGUGAGACCGUUAGCAGAUCCGCCCAAGAGAGGUAGGCGCGGCUCUGCUAGUUCACAGAAGAGAUGGAGUUUACUUGGUAAUUGGGUAUUAGGAGGAACUAAAGCAACGGAGGAGAAGAAGAAAGAGGAUCCAGCACUUCGACCAAUAAUUCUAGUUCAGGAAAAGGAGAGAAGGGCUGAAAGAGUGGCUAUCCGUAAACUCAAGGAUUUCAACUGGAACGUAGAGGUAGCCAUAGACUCCUUCUUUAAUGAUCAGCCAGUCGUUCAGAGAGGAUAUGCAGCUGCACCCGCGUCUUCAGGCGUCGAUGUUUAUAGGCUUAACCAGAUAUUCCAAAAAUAUAAAGACAAAGACGAUGAUGCUAUUCUAGUCGAUGGAAUGCUUGAAUACUGCAAUGACUUGAAAGUUGCUCCCGAAGAUGUUGCUAUGCUAGUUAUUGCUUGGCAUUUGGAAUCGGAGCAAAUGUGUGAAUUCAGGCGUCAAGGAUUUGUUAAUGGUUGGACCAAAUUAAGAUGCGACUCUAUUGAAAAAAUGCGAGCUGCCAUACCGCGUCUUCGAGAUUCGAUACAGGAUGAAUAUACGCUAAAAGAGAUUUAUCAAUUUACGUUUAAAUUUGGAUUGUCUGAGAAUCAAAAGUCAUUGAGUCUCGAUGUUGCGAUAGGAUAUUGGCAAUUGUUAUUGGGUAAUCGGUGGCAGCAUCUGGACAUAUGGAUAGAUUUCAUAAAGGAGAGACAUGGAAAGUCGAUCUCUAAAGACACGUGGAACCUGUUACUUGAUUUCAUCAAACAAAUCAGUCCUGACUUUUCCAAUUACGAUCCUGAAGGGGCUUGGCCGGUACUGAUCGAUGAGUUUGUAGACUACGCUAGAGAAGUGUUACAUAUAUCGUGA